AUGCUAUAAAUAUGGAGUUUUUAUUUUUAAUCAAAAUUAAGAUUCUUCUAUAUCAAAAUAUCAUACAUAAUAUUUAGUAUAUUGGAAUUACUUAUUUUACUAUAAAGAUUAGUAAGGUAGAAUUAUAAACUGGAGAUUUAUAAAUAAAAAAAGAAUAAUAAAUAUUCUUUUUUACUUCUUUUUCUUUAAAUAUUGAUUAGAUUUUAUACAAAAAAGAAAAAGAAAAAAUAUUUCUGCAAUGUUUUUGCAAAUAGUGUUGAUAAAAAACAAAAGAUAGAAUCGAGUUAUAUUUAAAUUAGCUCAUUGUUUAAGAAAUCUAAAGUUCUAGAUUCCAAAAGUGCUACUAUUAAAAGCUUAAAUGAAAUAAAUUAAUAUGACUUCUCUAUUAUAAACAAAGUAUUAGUUGAUCCUAAAUCAAGUUUUGGAUUACACGAGCUCGCAAUGCUUAGCUUAGGAUUAGGUAAAUGCUCCUAGCUAAGGAUAUUAACUUUAAAUUUGAAAUUGCAUAACCUAGGAGAUUUAGGACUAGAUAGCUUAAGUCUAGGAUUAUAAAUUUAUAGAGACUUAACUGAAUUAUACAUAGAUCUAACAUAAAACAAUCUUACUGUUAAAUCUAUACCAGAUUUUAGCUUUGCCAUUUCAUGUUGCAAAAAAAUAAAUAUAUUGUCCAUAAAUUUGAGCCAAAACAGUGUAAAAGGAGAAGCAGCCUAUUAUUUGGGAGAAGCCUUACAAAAAUUAAAUUGUCUCAAGGAUGUUUCUAUUAACUUAUCUAAUACUACAAUAUUCCAUCAUGAAGGUCCUUAAAAGUUAGUAAAUGCACUCACUACAAGUAAAAAAUUGUAAUCUCUAAGAUUAAAUUUGAACGAAAAUAGGCUUCGUGUUGAUGGUGCAGUAGGAUUAGGUUAAGGAAUUUCUAAGCUGAAAAAUCUCUAAUUAUUAAAUAUUGAAUUAAGCGAAAAUCACAUACAAGAUAAAGGAGCUUUGCAAAUAGCUAAAGGAAUAUCAAAUAUCUCUUAAAUUAAAACUUUAUAAAUCAACUUAAUAAACAAUAAACUAACAGAUGAGGGAAUGACUAAAUUUUUUGUAAAGCUUUAAAAAUGCUAAAGAAUUUCUACAGUUUAGUUAUUCGUCAACUAAAGUUAAUAAGAAAAUGAAGGAAGUGGUUAAUUGAUGUAGAGUAUAGGAUAAAUUAAACUAGUCUCUGAAUUAAAACUGAGUCUUUGCAAUUACAACAUAUAUUCUGAUGGAAUUUAGAAAUUUGCUGAAGGAAUAAAAUAAUGUAUAUUGCUACAUACUUUGGAUUUAGAUUUAUCAGUUAAUAAAAUUGGAAAUUAAGGCAUUUAGUACUUUGCAGCUUUGUCAAGCUGUAAAAGAUUGCAAAAUCUAUCAUUAAAUUUUAGCAAUUAGAUAAAUUCUAAUUUAAAUUCAAUUUAACCAAACGGUGCUCAUAAACUAAUUUAAUCAAUUACUAUGCUAUAAAACUUAACUUUCUUAUCAAUAAAAAUAAAUGAAAACAAUAUAAGCGAUCAAACUGCUUCUUCAUUCUUUUCAUAGAUCUCUAAAAUCAAGAACUUAAAAACUUUAACAUUAAAAUUUAAUAAUAACAUGCUAGGAAAUGAAUCAAUAAAUACUUUGAGUAAAGAAAUAUCCAAUACAAAAAAUCUUAAAAAUCUUUAUCUUGACUUUGGGUAAAAUAAGAUAUAAUUAGAAGGUGCUUAGAAUCUUAUUUAAAGUAUCAAUAAAAUAGGACACAUACACAAUUUAGAUUUGAACAUUAAGAGCAAUUUUAUUGAUUUAAAUUAGAUCUACAAACUAAUCAGGAAACUUACAAAGUCAAAAAGAUUAGUUACAUUUUACUAAAUAACUAGCUUUUGA